AUGACAUCCAUAGAAGGAAUUUCAUUAGACGCUUUAAAAGAAUCAGGGAACUUAGCUGUUCUAGAAGAAACUAAUCAGAUAUUAGAACUUCAAACUAUUUUGAAAGAUAGAUCCACAGAACAUUCCGAUUUCGUCUUUUAUGCUGAUCGAUUGAUGCGAUUAGUGAUCGAGGAAGGCUUAAAUCGUUUGCCGUUCACCGAAAUUUCCAUUACAACUCCUACUCAUUGCACUUACAAAGGAAUUAAAUUUGCCCGUGGAAACUGUGGAUUAUCCUUGUGUAGGAGUGGAGAAGCUAUGGAAAUCGCUUUGAGGCAAUGUUGCAGAUCAAUCCGAAUCUGCAAAAUGCUCAUAGGUGGAGAUGAACAAAAAGUUCUUUACGCUCGUAUGACUCCGGAUAUUGCAAAUCGUCGAGUGCUCCUUUUAUAUCCAAUUAUCAGCACAGGAAAUACAUCUUCGAAAGCAGUCAUGGCAUUGAAAGAAGCUGGAGUACAAGAGCACAAUAUAUAUGUCAUUACCUUAUUUAUAACUCCAGCAGGUCUCAAACGUAUAGUUAGUGCUUAUCCCAAAGUUACCAUGAUCACCAGUGAGGUCUCUCAAGCUAUUCCUCACAAUUUUGCUAUGAAAUACUUCGGCACCGAUUAA